AUGGUGAUAAAAAAGAGGAAGAAGAAGGAGGAGGAAGAGGAAAGAGGAAGAAGGAUAAGAAGGAAAAAAAAGAGGAAGAAGGAAAAAAAAGAGGAAGAAGGAAAAAAAAGAGGAAGAAGGAAAAAAAAGAGGAAGAAGGAAAAAAAAGAGGAAGAAGGAAAAAAAGAGGAAGAAGGAAAAAAAAGAGGAAGAAGGAAAAAAAAGAGGAAGAAGGAAAAAAAAGAGGAAGAAGGAAAAAAAAGAGGAAGAAGGAAAAAAAAGAGGAAGAAGGAAAAAAAAGAGGAAGAAGGAAAAAAAAGAGGAAGAAGGAAAAAAAAGAGGAAGAAGGAAAAAAAGAGGAAGAAGGAAAAAAAAGAGGAAGAAGGAAACAAAAGAGGAAGAAGGAAAAAAAAGAGGAAGAAGGAAACAAAAGAGGAAGAAGGAAACAAAAGAGGAAGAAGGAAACAAAAGAGGAAGAAGGAAACAAAAGAGGAAGAAGGAAACAAAAGAGGAAGAAGGAAACAAAAGAGGAAGAAGGAAACAAAAGAGGAAGAAGGAAACAAAAGAGGAAGAAGGAAACAAAAGAGGAAGAAGGAAACAAAAGAGGAAGAAAGAAACAAAAGAGGAAGAAGAAAAAAGAGGAAGAAAAAAGAAGAUAUAGAAGAAGAUAUAGAAGAAGAUAUAGAAGAAGAUAUAGAAGAAGAUAUAGAAGAAGAUAUAGAAGAAGAUAUAGAAGAAGAUAUAGAAGAAGAUAUAGAAGAAGAUAUAGAAGAAGAUAUAGAAGAAGAUAUAGAAGAAGAUAUAGAAGAAGAUAUAGAAGAAGAUAUAGAAGAAGAUGAAGAUGAAGAAGAAGAUAUAGAAGAAGAUGAAGAAGAAGAUAUAGAAGAAGAUAUAGAAGAAGAUAUAGAAGAAGAUAUAGAAGAAGAUAUAGAAGAAGAUGAAGAAAAAAGGGGAAGAAAAAAGGGGAAGAAAAAAGGGGAAGAAAAAAGGGGAAGAAAAAGGGGAAGAAAAAAGAGGAAGAAGAAGAGGAAGAAAAAAGAGGAAGAGGAAGAAGAAGAAAGAGGAAGAGGAAGAAGAAGAAAGAGGAAGAGGAAGAAGAAGAGGAAGAAAUGA